AUAUUGAUUAUUAAGGAUUUUAUUAUAAUUUUUUUUUCUAUAUUGAUUUUAAUUUUGGGGGUUUUGAUUGGUGUAGCCUUUUUAACUCUAUUAGAACGAAAGGUUUUAGGAUAUAUUCAGAUUCGUAAGGGCCCUAAUAAGGUUGGUUUUAUGGGUUUAUUACAACCUUUUGGGGAUGCAAUUAAGUUGUUUACUAAGGAACAGACUUUUCCUAUAUAUUCUAAUUUUUCUAUUUAUUACGUUUCCCCUGUAAUAAACUUUUUUAUUGCUUUACUAUUAUGAAUAAUAAUGCCUUUUUUAUCUGUUUAUUUAAAUUUUAAUUUGUCUUUAUUAUUUUUUUUAUCGGUUUCUAGAUUAGGGGUUUACACUGUUAUAUUGGCUGGAUGGUCUUCUAAUUCUUCUUAUGCUUUAUUAGGUAGAUUACGCGCGAUUGCACAAACGAUUUCUUAUGAAGUGAGAUUGAGAUUAAUUUUAAUGUCUUUUAUUUUUUUAAUUUUAAGAGUAAAUUUGGUUGAUUUAAUAAUUUUUCAGGAUAAUUGUUGAUUUAUUUUUAUGUGUCUGCCGUUGUCUUUAAUAUGAGUGGUUUCUGCUUUAGCAGAAACGAAUCGAACUCCUUUUGAUUUUGCUGAAGGCGAGUCUGAGCUUGUUUCUGGAUUUAAUGUGGAGUACGGAAGAGGAAGUUUUGCAUUAAUUUUUCUUGCAGAGUAUGCAAGUAUUUUGUUUAUAAGGAUAAUGUGUGUCAUAUUAUUUCUGGGUGCUAAUUUAAAUUCUUUUACUUUUUUUAUUAAGUUGGUAUUAGUUUCUUUUUUUUGAAUUUGGGUUCGAGGAACUCUGCCACGAUUUCGUUAUGAUAAGUUAAUGUAUUUGGCUUGAAAAAGUUUUCUUUCCUGUUCAUUAAAUUAUUUAAUUUAUUUCUUUCUUUUUAAGGUGUUUUUGUUUGUUUUUUUAAUUUAG